CGUCAUCUCGUAGCGUUAGCUCAGUGCGUUCAUUUUUUUUCUCAAAUUUUUCUUUUCAUCACAUGUGGUUGUGUCGUACGUGUCUACGAAACACAACCCAUGAGAAAUAGUGUAGUUUUUUAAUUCAAAUAAAUUAAAAAACCCAAAAAAAAUAUAAAAUAAACUAAAUCAAUUAAAAAAAAAAGGAAAAAUUACAUAAAACGUAUAAAAAAAUUGUUUAUUAUUUAUCUUCACGCAAAAUCCGAACGCGAAGACUAUUAAAUUGAAGUAUCGCGCUUUUUGUUCUUUCGUUUUCUUUUUUCUCCUCGUUAACGUAAAUUUGACCACUGAAAAAUGGCUUCGCUGUACGUUGGAGAUUUGCAUUCGGACAUCACCGAAGCUAUGCUGUUCGAAAAAUUCAGCACGGUCGGUGCCGUUCUGUCGAUUCGCGUGUGCCGCGACAUGAUCACCAGGCGAUCACUGGGAUACGCCUAUGUUAACUUUCAAAACAUGGCGGAUGGUAAGCUUUUAUCCACCGUUGUCCGAGUCGACAAUUUGCGUUUGUACGCCUCUUGCGUUAUGUAAAUUUGACAGGAUUUCUCUUGUAAUAAAUGAUGCCCCUAUUAGCCGUGCCACGUGUAAUUAUAAUUGAUUAUUAUUUUCUCUCGGCAAAUCCCCAAUCAUUAUCCCAAUAUUCCCGUACCCGUGACGUAUUAGUGAUAUUGAAAUAUGUUUUCGAAAUAUAAAUUUUUCACUCAAAUAACACGUUUAACUGCGCGUAGCUGUCACGCGUCUCCCCCAUGCGCCGGCCAUGAUUUCCCCGUUCGUAAACCUAGUGAUGGUUUCUAUUGGACCCGACACAAUCACGUGAUAUACGCUCAACGUAUUUUUCGGGAGUCUAUUUCAUAAUAAUAUGGUUUCGUUGUUUGUCGCGAGUCCCCCGCCCCUCUCAUUUGAACAACGGUUUAUGGUUAGAAGAUGACUUAUAUGUUAUUGUUUUUAUGUUUUUACAGUACCCAUGUACUUCUGUACCCGUAGAAAAAUAAUAUUAUUUUAUUUUAGCUACCUAUGAUAUUUGUGUUAUUUACCAUAGGACUGAUGUUUAAAGGUUAAAAUUACUAUGGCCGUUUAUUUAAUUGGUAUUUUGUUUUAUUAUAAAUUACCAAGAUAGUAAUUUAAUUUUGUUUUGUGCUAGCUGUAAAAAAAAAAAUUAUUAUCGUAUCGUCCAUUUUAACGUUUGGCAAAAUAUCAAUGUUUUUAAAAAUUUGAAACCUGGCUUAAUAUUAAUUCUACUGAUGUCCACAUUGAUAUCACUAUUCUUUCUCGCUUAACCUAAGGAAAUUUUUAAACAAACAAUUUUCAUAAAAAAAAAAAUAUAUACAUAUAUAUUUAUAUAUAUCAUUUCCACAACUAAAUAAAAGUCUAUCCUCAAUAAUAUGCAUAGUUGGUGUGUUAUGGUUAUCUAAAAUGUCUUAGGUAUUACCUUAGUUCCGUAAUGCAAUUUUUCUGUUGUACACAUAUAAACGUCUUGAUCUAUCGACACAUUACAAAAAUGAUGAUAUAUAAUAGCCAGGUAUAUCUGUAAAAUUAGACAAUUUAAAAUUUAGUCUAUGGAGUGUAUACUUUUUUUUUACCAGUUUUCAAUCAUAUAUUUGGGGUAUUAUAUAUCACCAUUUAACAUAAUUAAUUAAGCAAAAUUUAAUUUUUUUUAUCAGAAGAAGCCAUUUUUCAAAGUGAAUGUUCUAUUUGUUAACACACUGAAUUUUUAUUUUGUAUUUUAGCUGAACGUGCUUUAGACACCAUGAACUUUGACAUACUUAAAGGGCGUCCAAUGAGAAUUAUGUGGUCUCAAAGAGAUCCUUCACUAAGAAAAUCUGGUGUAGGAAAUGUGUUCAUCAAGAACUUGGAUAGAAGUAUUGAUAACAAAGCUAUGUAUGAUACAUUUUCUGCUUUUGGAAAUAUAUUGAGUUGUAAAGUAAGUGAUUGUGCUAGUUGAUAAAAUAAUAUUACUGUAUAAUGAAAUAAUUUCAUAAUAAUGUUUAUGUACCUACUGUUUAUUAUUAUAAUUAAAAAAAGGUUUUUAUUCUGAGUUAGUAUUAAUGUAAUAAUUUAAAGAAAUUGUUUUAAAAUAGUUGUUGUUUUUUAAUUUAAUCAUUUAAUGUGAUAUAUAGAUGUUAUCAUUAAUAAAAAAAAAAAAAAAAAUACAUACCAACUCAAAAGUUUAAUUAAAUUGAUCCAAAUACAAAAAAAAAAUUUAAUACUUCUUAAAGCUCUUCGGUUUAUGUGUAUUUAAUUUUAUUAAUAUAUAUUAAAAUUUUAAUUUAUCUAGGUUGCUCAAGAUGAAACUGGUCAGUCAAAGGGCUAUGGAUUUGUUCACUUUGAAAUGGAACAGUCUGCCACCCAAUCUAUUGAAAAAGUCAAUGGUAUGUUGCUCAAUGGAAAAAAAGUAUUUGUUGGUCGAUUUGUAGGCAGGAAAGAUCGCGAAAAGGAAUUGGGUCAGAAAGCUAAACUUUACACAAAUGUUUAUAUUAAGAAUAUAGAUGAAAAUGUCAAUGAUAAAGAACUAUACGAAAUGUUUGCAAAGUAUGGAACAAUCACUAGUUUCAAGGUUUGUUUAAGUUAUUAUUUUUUUAAAUUAUGUUCUAAAAUAGUAUCGUAACAAUUAAUUAUUUUAUAUAGUAUAACAGCUAAAGUAUAUAAUUUCAAUUUGUAGGUUAUGUUUAGAGAAGAUGGAAGUUCUAGGGGUUUUGGAUUUGUCGCUUUCGAAGACCCAGAAGAAGCCGAAAAGGCUGUGACUGAAUUACAUGGUAAAGAAAGUCCAGAAGGAAAGGUUAGUAUAAUAUAUACAUAAACAAAAUGAAAUUUCUAUUUAAAAAAAAAAUGACAUUUUUUUUAGACUUAUUAUGUGGGCCGUGCUCAGAAGAAAGCUGAACGCCAACAAGAAUUAAAACGGAAAUUCGAACAAUACAAAAUUGAGCGUAUGACAAGAUACCAAGGUGUUAACUUGUAUGUGAAAAAUUUGGAUGAUACAAUUGAUGAUGAACGUUUACGUAAAGAAUUUAGUGUUUUUGGAACCAUAACAAGUGCUAAGGUAACAAUAUAUUUUAUUUUUACCUAGUUUUUUCCUGUUUAAAUUAUCAAUGGAAUUACUUUAUACUUUUAGGUAAUGAUGGAUGAUAGUCGGAGUAAAGGUUUUGGAUUUGUAUGUUUUUCAUCUCCAGAAGAAGCUACAAAAGCGGUAACUGACAUGAAUGGUCGAAUUGUUGGUACAAAGCCUUUAUAUGUUGCAUUAGCUCAACGCAAAGAAGACCGUAAAGCCCAUUUAGACUCUCAAUACUUGCAACGCAACACUAACAUAAGAAUGCAAUCAAUAGGCCCGGUAAAUAAAACAUAUCUAAGUGAUGUCAUGAUAUUAUAAACUUUAAUAUUGACAUAUUAAAAUACAUAAUUAUUUAAUUAAUGAAAUUCAUAAUUGUUUAUAUUGUAUUUUAAUUAAAGAUAUAUCAACCUGGUGGUUCAAGCGGUUACUUUGUACCUACUAUUCCUCAGCCACAGCGUUUCUACGGCCCUACUCAAAUGACCCAAAUUCGUCCUCAACCAAGAUGGGGUGCCCAACCACAAGUCAGAGCUGGAACACCUCAAGCCGCUGCAGCAGGUAAUUUAAUAAUUAUUAUUCUCGCGUUUAGAUUUACUAGAAAAUAUAUAUAUAUAUUUGAAAUGUAAUUUAUGAUACAUAGAGAUUUUUAUGAUUUAAUGGUUAGUAAAUAUAUUAUUCUCGAUGUUUUAGGUUAUCCAAAUAUGGCUACACAAUAUCGUAACAUUGGAGCUCGAGCUCCUGUACCUGCAGGUCAACAAGCCGCGUUGGCUAGAAAUGCUAUGGUGGAUAGAAAUGUUAGGCCUAUUAAUGCAGUUCAACAACAAAUGCCAGGUGCUGUUCAAGCUGGCGUUCGUGUUCCCGGACCUCGUGGUUCAGGUGCUGGAUAUAAAUACACAGCUAAUAUGCGUAAUCCACCUGGUCAAGCUCAAGGUAUGGGACAAGCACAACCCGGUCAACCACCCGCGCCUGUUCAAGCUGCUGUCCAUGUUCAUGGACAAGAGCCACUUACUGCAACCAUGUUGGCUACUGCCAAGCCUGAAGAUCAAAAACAGAUGUUAGGAGAAAGGCUUUUCCCUCUUAUUCAGGUACUAUUUUGAAAUCUUAAAAAAAAGUAAUUUUGUAUUUAACUUUUUAUUACUUGUGUAGCGCAUGUACCCGGAUUUGACUGGAAAGAUAACUGGAAUGUUAUUGGAGAUUGACAAUUCUGACUUGCUUCACAUGUUGGAGCAUCAUGAAUCUUUAAAGAACAAAGUAGAAGAAGCUGUUGCUGUCCUUCAAGCCCAUCAAGCUCAGACCCAAGUUAAGAAAGAAUAAUCCCAAAUAUGCCCAUGACUCAAUAUUAUUUCCUUUCGUUAUUACAUUUAAUACAAAUUGAGCUCCUCAAAUUUAAUUUCUUUUUCAUUAAAAAUUAAUAUUUUUUUAAGUGGGAAAAUUUAUAUUAGUUUAUAAAAAUUGAGCGCAUAAAAAAAAAACCACAAAAAAAUUGAAAAAUUAAAAUAAUGUUAAAAAAAAUAUAUAUAAUAUUUAAAAAUAUACAAAUUAAAUUUGAACUCAACUGAAACAUAGUUACGGUUUAAUUUUAGCAAUAGUCACAACACUUAAGAAAACCUUAUAUCAAAUUAGAACUUGAUCUUUUCUAAAUUUAUUUUUUACAUAUUGGUACAGUUAUUGGUAUUUGUAAACUAAUGAUUUUUUUUUUGUACAAACAAUAUUCUUAUUAAUUAUAAAAAAUAAUGAAUACUGGACAUAAAGAUCAUUAUAAUAUUAAGUGUUGUGUCUGUUACUAUUUGUCCAUACAUUUAUAUUUUGUAAAUUAUAUUGUCUCAUUUGUCAAUAGAAUUUGUUAAAAUUAUGAAAACUUUGUCAAUAUCAUAAAAAAUUACAUAUUCGACAUUUUUUACAUAAUUUAUUCUUUGAAGUUUAAAUUUGUAUCUCAAAUAAUAAAUUAUUAUACAAACAUUUUACAGAUUAUAUUUACCUUGUAUUUUUACUGGUUAUACCUUAUCCUUAAUUAAUACUUUUAUGAUGACGAUUAUUCAACUUGUAUGCAGUUAAUUUCUUAAUGUUGAAUAUUAAAUUACUGGUUAUGAAUAAUAGAAAAGACAGUAGAAUCGUUUAACUAUGAACUAAAUUUGUGGUCUUAAUAUUUAUUUUUAUUCUAUUAUUUCACUCAUAAUUUGUAUAUUUCUAUUUAUCAAUAUAAUAGAAAACUGCACAAGCAACUCGGAUAAUUUUUGGAUGCAAUUUAAAUGCAUUGCUAUUCAUGAAAAAGUUGAUAAAAUAUUAAUCAUAUUCUAUUAAUGUAAAUUACAUUUGAUGGCUUAGAGCAUAUACAAUACAAAUACACAC